UGGCGCCCCGCGGCGGCGCGGCCUAUGAGAAGCGGCGCGUCGCCCGUGGCGGGAGACGUUCGCGCAGUUGGCGCCGAAAAACUUCCACCGAAGUCGCAGCGGGAGAAGGAAGGGACGCGGCCCCCUCGCGCGGAGCGAGCACAGAUUCCCCGGCAUGGACGAGGGAUACUUUGGGGGCGCGAGCAGCAGCAGCGGCAGCGCCAACUGGGAGGACCAAGAUGAGAUGCAACAGGAGGAGUACGCGGAGGACGAUGAGGAGACGCAGAGGGAGUGCUUGAUGAGGUUUGCAAGCCGGGACUUCAUCAUGGAGCCCAUCAUCUUCACGACGCUCAAGCGGUAUUUCCAAGCAGGCGGCUCCCCGGAGAACGUCAUCCAGCUGCUGUCGGAGAACUACACGGCAGUGGCACAGACGGUCAACCUCCUGGCGGAGUGGCUCAUGCAAACAGGAGUGGAACCCGGUCAAGUGCAGGAGAUGGUGGAGAACCACCUGAAGACGAUCCUCAUCAAGCACUUUGACCCACGGAAGGCCGACUCGAUCUUCACAGAAGAGGGAGAGACACCGGCCUGGCUGGAGCAGAUGAUUGCUCACGCCACUUGGAGAGACCUCUUCUACAAGCUCGCCGAGAGCCACCCCGACUGCCUCAUGCUGAACUUCACCGUCAAGCUGAUAUCCGACGCGGGACACCAGGGCGAGAUCACAAGCGUGUCGACAGCCUGCCAGCAGCUCGAAGUGUUCUCCCGCGUUCUGCGCACAUCCUUGGCCACGCUGCUGGAUGGAGGAGAGGACAGCUUGGACAAACACCUGCCCGAGUUUGCUAAAAUGGUGUGCCACGGGGAGCACACGUACCUGUAUGCGCAGUGCAUCAUGAGCGUGCUGUCGCGCGAGGAGCAGGGCGGCUCGGCGGUGCGUCGGAUCGCACAGGAGGUGCAGAAGUACGCCCAGGACCGGGGUCACGACGUGAGCCAGAUCACGCUGGCGCUGGGCAGUGCGGCGUCGUACCCGCGUGCAUGCCAGGCGCUGGGAGCCAUGCUCUCCAAAGGCGCUCUCAACCCGGCCGACAUCACCGUCCUCUACAAGAUGUUCACCAGCUUGGACCCGCCUCCUGUCGAGCUGGUGCGCGUGCCAGCCUUCAUGGACCUCUUCAUGCAGGCCCUCUUCAAACCAGGGGCCAAAGUGAACCCCGACCACAAGCACAAGUACAUCUAUAUCCUCGCGUAUGCCGCCAGUGUCAUCGAGAGCUGGAAAAAGAACAAGCGCGUGAACAUAAACAAGGACGAGCUGAAGUCGACCUCCAAGGCCAUCGAGACGAUGCACACGCUCUGCUGCAACGAGAACAAGGGCGCCUCGGAGCUAGUGGCCGAGUUGGCCACCCUGUACCAGUGCAUACGGUUCCCCGUGGUGGCUAUGGGCGUGCUGCACUGGGUGGACUGGACAGUGAGCGAGGCCAGCUACUUCAAGCUGCAGACCGACCACACGCCCCUGCACCUGGCCCUGUUGGACGAGAUCAGCACGUGCCACCAGCUAAUGCACCCGCUGGUGCUGCUGCUGCUGGUGAAGCUGUUUGAGACGGAGCACUCGCAGCUGGACGUCAUGGAGCAGCUGGAGCUGAAGAAGACGCUGCUGGACCGCAUGGUGCACCUGCUGAGCCGCGGCUACGUGCUGCCCGUCGUGGCCUACAUGCGCAAGUGCCUGGAGCGGCAGGACACGGACAUCUCGCUCAUACGGCACUUCGUCACCGAGGUGUUGGACAUGAUCGCGCCCCCGUACACAGCCGACUUCGUGCAGCUCUUCCUGCCCAUCCUGGAGAGCGACAGCAUCGCGGGGACCAUCAAACCCGAGGGCGAGAGCGACGCUGUCGCAGAGUUCAUAGCCCAUUGUAAAGCAAACUUCGUCGGCAACUGAGUGGACUGACGGACGGAGGGCAGUGUGGAAGUGCCGGUCCGUAGCGUUGUCACGGCACCGCGGGCUCUCCCCCCACCCUGCUGGGAAUUGCCAAGGACAAGAUGCCACCCCAACGCCGUGCAACAUCCUUCUCCGCCCUAUCAAGAUCGCGCGACAUUGUCCACUCGCUUAAUUCCAUUAAAAAAUAAAUAUUAAAAAACGAAUUGA